CUCAACACCGAGAGGCCACCAAUGAAAACGUGCCUUUUUCACGUUCCCCGCCCCUUCCGUGUGCGCGCUCCCCACGAGGGGCUGGUUCCUGGAAGGAUGGACAGAGGACCCUCAACCGCCCGCGAAGCUUAACCCGCCGCGUAGGAGCGUGUGUUCGGGCCCUCUUCUCCCACCUAUUCGACUCUCCAUCCCCAGGAUGUCAACCUCAGCCCCUCAAGGCCAUACCUGGACCCAACGGGUGAAGAAGGAGGAUGAGGAGGAGGACCCGCUGGACCAGCUGAUCUCCCGCUCUGGCUGUGCUGCCUCCCACUUUGCAGUGCAGGAGUGCAUGGCCCAGCACCAGGACUGGCGACAAUGCCAGCCACAGGUGCAGGCGUUCAAGGAUUGCAUGAGUGAACAGCAGUCGAGGCGGCGAGAGGAGCUGCAGAGGAGGAAAGAACAAGCCAGUGCCCACCACUGAGACCUCAAACCACCUAUCCCCAGUAGAUGGCCCUGCCAAGAUCAGCACCCAGCAAGAUAAUAGAGGAAGAAAUCCUAAAUGCUGGGUGUGGGAGGUAUAAAACAUAGGGAUAGUUUUUGGAUCUGGAGUUGAGAGCCAUGGGUUUAGACGUGACUGGCACAAACAGCUGUCAUAUGUUCGUGGUCAGAUCUCACACAUCCUCAGCUGUCUUGUUCCACCAGUAUUUGCCAGGAAAACAAAGAAUGUGGUAAGGGAUGCUCCCCCACCCCACAUCUUGGGUCAGUGUGCCAAGUACUGAGAUGAUUUUAGGGACAUUUUAUUUUAAAUUAAAUUCACAAUCUAAUGGUAAAUUGAUUACCU